UGAGGUCCCUGUUAUCAAGAUGGUUUUUAUUUCACCCCUAGUUAAUGAUUACCAAGUUUGUGAAUAUCCAAACAUUUCCCUAUGGAGCUUAAAGAACCGCAUUAUCUGGCCCAACAAUGUAGAAAGCAAACUAAUAAGUAAGCCCCAGCUGUCUUAUCAGAAUAACCAAACACUGGCCAGUUUACUUCACUAGUUUUGAGUGUCAUUAAGGAAUUCUAGUCAGAAUUCUUUGGACUAUUUCCAGCAGGAACCUUGUAUAUAUAUAUAUAUAGGGGCUCACUUCCUCAUGAUUGGAAGAGAAAAGCUACAACCACUUGAAUCUUCCGUAGUCCUUUCAGCAUUUUGUUCGAAAAACCUAAGACCAAUUACUGUGGGUUGACGGGGCUCUUAUCUACACGUGUUACCGUUCCCCCACCCCCCAUCUCUCAGCCUGUUUCUCACUGUGUUUGUCUCUGGCUGUGUCUGCAUCUCUGGUACGGGGAGCCUUGUUUGCUCAGGGUAUCGUGUGCAGCUGUUGUCUACGAUGGCUGGAGAUCAGUCGAGCCUAGCCUGCACAAUUGGCGCUCCUCACACACUUCAAGGUUUACCCUUUGUUCCAGUUACCUUCAUUCUCCUCAUUUUUCCCCACCAGUACAGCCUGCCAAUCCAACCAACCUAUAUUUUUACAAGUGGAACAAUGCGUGUGUUUUGUGUGCAACUUUUAAUAUGUGUUAUAUUGAAAUUUGCUCCUUUCAAAAGUAUAAGGAACUGAUGGUCGGUUUGGCCUUAUGAAAAUGUGAAUGGUUAUAUCAAGGCUAUAAAAAUUCAAACACAUGCCGGAUCUUGGAAGCAGAAAUGAACAUACAUAAAUUCCUAUAAAUGCUCAACCAUUUUUUGAUCUACCCGGUACAUGAAUGACUCUGUCUGCUCCAUUUCUUAUAUUUCUUUCCCCAACUUGACCGGCUACAUUGACAUGUAACAACAAAACUCGGAACAGGCUGUUCUUGAACUUUGAUGACCAGAUAAAAAUAAAGGCAGUAUGAGUAAUGUGAACUGCUGGACUGGAAUCCAUAAAUAAAUUGGCUGUUCAUUUUAUUGUAAUCAACAGGUUGGCGCUGCGGCUCAUGUAAAUGUAUAAUCCAUUAUUUGCGUUCUUGGGGGGAGUCUUUCUAUGGUCUAAUGGCUAUUUCCCUCAGUCAGUAAUCCUUACAUUUAACAUCUUGAUUGUUCCCACAGUUGAGUACGCAAACAUACUUAGCCAUCCAUGUCCCCUUGCAUAUUAUCUAUUAAAGUUUGUUUACUUUCAUAUGUACCAUUUUGCUGUCUGGUGUGGCUGAUGUCUAUUUAGCCAUGCGUGUAUUGUAUACACUCAGUUUGAACGGUUGUGGUAUACGAGAAAAGGCACUUGCCAUUUUAAUAGUUUAACUGCAUGUUUCUUUGAAUGCCAUCCCCGUGACCCAAAAUGACCAAGACUGUCUAUUAUGUGUAGAGGGCCUUUGUGUUGCUCCUGUGGACCCAGGUAAACAGGCAGCACUUCCAAGGUCAGAGUGGUUCCUUUGUUGUGGUUCUCUUUUGUGACAUCACAGUCUUCCUUAUUCCUGCUCAGUACUCCUUGAAGUAAAGCCCCCCGUCGCGACCAAUGGGAAAGGAAGUGAGCGAAAAUCAGGUUUGGGUUGGGCUUUAGAAUUUCUCACUACGCAUGUUCGGGGGUGGAUACAGGUGUGUUUAUUGCACACAAUGAACGUCUGCUGGCCCUCGUGGGUCAUCCACACCGUUUUGAUCCAAGACAUUUCAUAUACACUUCAACACACAAUGCCCAUCUCUUGAUGAUAAUGGUGUACCAUAUUGCUGAUUGGUUUAAUGUGGAUGGUGGUUUUGUUACAAGGUGUGGCCUCAUCGAUAGAGUUGGUCGAUGUACAUCCACCAGGCUCUUUUUUUGUUGCACUGAGGCUCUUUAAGCUUGAUUGAUUAUUAGCAGCAUAUGGCAAGUCCUUCAGCCAGCCCCCUGAUAAUCUGAGAUCCGGGAUAUAUAUAGUUACAAUACAUUUAUACAGAGUCACUUGCAUAAAAGAGGGCGGAGAGACAUCCAGAUCGAGAUCCAGAGAGCUCGGGAUAAAGGAUAUACAGGGUCACCAACCAACUGUCCUGUGGUCCAGAUCCAGGUGAUGACACUGGGUGUAGAUUUUGCCGCGGCAGUUCUGCAGCUCAAAGUUCAAGUCACGUUUGUUUACCAAGAUGACGCCAACAACAAGAUGUUUCUGAGUUAGUUUCCUGACAAAGAAGGAAAUACACAUUCCACGAAAAAACCCAUUCCAAUCAACUCGACCAAAACUCUCGUGCAAUACCACCACCAGGACUUAUUUUAGUAACCACUCCAACAAAACCCAAUGUCGACAGAGGUGGAAGAUUACAAUUCUCGUGCGUCCAAGAGACGGCGAGUCGAUGUGGGCGUCCCGAGAGGCACUCAUGCUCACCACCAGAACAAAAUCGGCGCAGUUGUUACAAAUGGUGGUAUUGCUUAUGAAACAGACAACUCUGAUGUGUUACGAACUUUGUUGAAGAACAGCAAGAAAAGCCAGAACGGGACAGUGACACCGCCGUUGGAGAAUCCAAACGAAUCUCCUCUCAUGAUGUCACAACUACUCAAAGCAAAGGCGAAAGAGUUUGAAGAAUUUGAUGCUGCAAUGGAAAAGAAUGCCGAAACCUCAGAACAUGACGAGACAGAACUGUCCUCGGAUGAAUUAGAAACAAUGGAUGGUAGUGCCAAUGAUGCAUCGGCUAUCCCUGACUGCUACUCGGCCAAUCGGGUUAAAUGUAACGGGAACAGCACUAUGAGUCCGGGCAGCAUGAGUCCAGGGAACAUGAGUUCAGAUAACAUGUGCCCGGGGGAGGUCAGCCCGAAUCCCUUGAGCGAGGAUAGUGUGAAGGCAAAGAGAGCAAGAGUAGAGAACAUCAUCACCUCAAUGCGCCAGUCACCAUCUUGCCCCCAAUCCAGCCAGGGAGCCAACCCAGUGCCAGAACCUACUAGAGCCAAACGCAAACAAGCCCAACCUCAACAGCAGAAAUCCUCAGAAGCAGAGAGCAACCAGACCAAGCAACUACGGCGCCAAGAAAGACGUCGCCUCAAGUACCUCCUCGGACAUUUGCAGCAGCAGCUGGACGUCUUGCAAGAAAAGUACUUUGACCUAUACGAAGAAGACAACAGCAGCCUAUCAGAUGCCUCCGAUGAUCUCGAUGAUUUGAACGAACCAAUCGACACAAUGUCUGCUAUCCGCAAAUGUGAGAACACCGAGGCACAAAAGACAGGCCAAAAAGUCCAUCGAAAAGGUAUGAAUGGCUCAAUCCCAAAGGAAAGCCACCAGAAACUCCGCAACUCUCUUAAGCAACAGUUGACAAAUGCCUUGUCCACCACGGUUGAUUCGGUGAUUGAUCGUUUUGCAGAUGUCGAAGACCGACGGGGCAUUAACAACAAUAACAACAACAAGCUUCGCACUGCACUCCCCAAAAACCUCAGUCCUGAAAUGUCCACUUCAGUACUACAACAAGCUGCAAGAAACGCAACUCUGAUUGUGCCCGUACCAGCCAAGCGGCCUACAAACACCUCAUCACAAGGCCAUCAGCAUCAUCGCAUACAAUCACAACAGCAACAACAGGAGCAACUUGAGCAGACCGAAGCCAUCUCUCUGGUCAUCCCAAAGCGUAGCCGCAGUAAAGACAGCGAGUCGGUGCUACGCAUCGGCCAGCCUGAUGACGUGAAACAGGAUCACGUCAUACCGACGAUGUUACCGACAUCAGUUGCUAUUCCAAACCCAAGUCUGUAUCCAUCCUUUCCAUCCAUGAUGAUGACGCCACCAGCUUAUCCAUCACUGCAGGACAAGGACUCUCUUCUAGACGACAUGAGGUAUGGACAGAGCCCUCUAUUGACCCACUCUCAGCAGACCUCGAUUUCCAACCACGGGGGAGGGGAUCUCGGCGACGUUCCCCACACUAUCAACGAUGGCCUGUCAUAUUCCUUUAUCAAAUCUGAAGAUAGCGAUUCCAUGAUGAGAGGCUCACCGGGAUUGUCUGAUCUGUCGGGCUACUCACCAGCUAACGGGACCUCCCUGACAUCUACACUGACUCCUACUCACCUACGCAAGGCCAAGUUGAUGUUCUUCUACACACGGUACCCCAGCUCUGCCCUCCUCAGACAGCACUUUCUGGACGUUAAAUUCAACAGGCACAACACUUCACAGAUCAUUAAGUGGUUCAGCAACUUCCGUGAGUUCUACUACAUUCAGAUGGAGAAGUUUGCCCGACAGGCCAUGAGCGACGGAGUGGACAAGAGUGAAGACCUUCUGGUCAUCCGAGACAUGGAGCUGUUCCGUACUCUCAACAUGCAUUACAACAAGAGCAAUGAGUUCCAGGUUCCAGAAUCCUUUAUGAGUGUGUCAACUUGCACCCUGCGUGAAUUCUUCGAAGCCAUCAAACUCGGCAAGGAUUCCGAACCCUCCUGGAAGAAGACAAUCUACAAAGUGAUCGGCAAACUGGACGAGCCGCUGCCCGAUUUAUUCAAGUCGUCCAACUGUUUGGAGGAGCUCGAGUAAAGACGACGGAAAGAGAGGAACUGAAGAUUACUCCAUGCAUUCCAACACCUGUUGAUUCCAUGAAUCACUGAAGAUAACUUAAUCUUGGGUUUCAAAUUAGAUUAGAUAUCUAUGAGAAAAUGUUCCCUAAAGCCCCUUUCACACGAGAGCAAUUUAGUAGGGGUGCCUUGCUAAAUUGUGGCAUGGUUGUAAAAUUUUACAAAAUGUACCUCAUGUGAUAGGACAACAAUUGUUUCUCCUGUCCAAGUUCUCUU